CCAAAAUUCCACGUCUUCCUACCGGAACUCCCUCACCCACACUUCCACCCCUUCCUUACCCCUCCCCGAAAGAUAUACCCUGCUCCUACCCUCGUAGGCUUGCAAGAUAACAUUACGAGUUGGGCAACCUACGAUGAGCAACAUCCUCACACAUCGGAAACAGGCAGCGAGGCCGGACAUAGAAGAAGGCAGCCCAACGCUUGAGCUGAAGCGAGACCAGGAAGUAGACAAAUACGCAAAUGGGGAGGAGUACGAAAUCCUCCUCCGUUUCGUCGAGGACGAAGCCGCCAAGGCUAAGGCCAGGCGAGGAGAUGGUGACAGCGGGGAGGAAGGCCGGUACAAACGGCUUUGGUAUGCACCAUGGAAGGUGGUCAAGCUGGAGAGUACAAUUGAGAGGGAGGCACCUCCGGAGUGGACUGAGACAGACAUCACCACAGGGUUGCCCGAAGCUGAAGUGCCAUCUCAUCGGGAAGGGUUUGGGUACAACGAACUUGAAAGUGCGCAUGAGAACCAAAUCCUCAAAUUCAUAUCCUACUUCCGUGGUCCCAUUCUCUACGUGAUGGAAAUUGCCGUCAUUCUUUCAGCUGGUUUGCGUGACUGGAUUGACUUCGGUGUUAUCAUCGGUAUCCUGUUCCUGAACGCCGUUGUUGGGUGGUAUCAAGAGAAGCAAGCAGGUGACAUUGUCGAAAAGCUCAAGGCUGGAAUCGCAUUAAAGGCUCUCGUUCUCCGAGAUGGCAGAGAGCAAGAGGUAGAAGCGCGUGAAUUGGUGAUCGGCGAUAUCAUUAUUCUUCAAGAGGGUCACACCAUUCCAGCAGAUGCUAGAAUCCUUGCAGAUUAUGAACAUAGGGACCAAUACAAGGCUAAAUCUAAGACCCAGAGUCCGCGUCAAGUUCGCUUGAAGGAGUCACCGAGCAGUGCUUCCGAAGGGACCGAAGUUGGAGAUGAUGACUAUGAGGAGGUUGAUAAAGGGCCUAGCAUCAUUAGCGUAGAUCAGAGCGCAAUAACGGGAGAGAGUUUGGCGGUUGAUAAGUACGCGGGCGAAAUUGCAUACUAUACUUGUGGUGUGAAGCGCGGCAAGGCGUACGCGGUCGUCAGUGCCUCUGCUUCGCAAUCUUUCGUCGGAAAGACGGCGGCUCUUGUUAUGAAUGCGAACGAAAAAGGCCACUUCCAGAUUGUGCUCGGUGGUAUCGGUACUGCUCUUUUGAUUCUUGUCAUAUUUUUCAUUUUUGCGGUGUGGAUUGGGGGUUUCUUCCGUCACCUGGGGAUUGCUCAACCAAAGGAUAACAACCUUUUGGUAUACGCACUGAUUUUUUUGAUUAUUGGUGUACCUGUGGGUUUGCCCUGUGUUACAACGACGACUUUGGCGGUCGGUGCGGCCUAUCUCGCACGAAAGAAGUGUAUCGUUCAAAGGCUUACUUCAAUCGAGUCUCUUGCUGGCGUCGACAUGUUGUGCACGGACAAGACGGGUACGCUGACGGCUAAUAAGCUUUCUUUGAAUGAGCCGUAUGUCGCGGAUGGUAUUGACAGGGAUUGGCUUAUGGCUGUCGCUGUUCUUGCGUCGUCCCACAACGUUAAGACACUCGAUCCCAUUGACAAGGUUACCAUUCAAACUCUCAAGGAUUACCCCGGAGCUCAAGAGAUUCUUCGUGGAGGUUGGAUAACGCACAAAUUCAACCCCUUCGAUCCUGUCUCGAAGCGAAUCACAGCUGAGGUUGAGCGAGAUGGGCGGAAAUUCACGGCGGCUAAGGGUGCACCGAACGCAAUUUUGAAGCUGAAGAAAUUUGAUCCUCAGGUGGAGGGAGGUUAUAGGGAUAAGGCGCAAGAGUUUGCGAAGAAGGGGUAUAGGAGUUUGGGAGUUGCGAUCAAGGAGGAAGGAAAGGACUGGGAGCUUUUGGGCAUUAUGUCCAUGUCGGACCCUCCACGUGGCGACACUGCUAAGACGAUUGGAGAGGCCAUGAAUUUGGGCAUUGGCAUUAAAAUGCUGACUGGUGAUGCCGUCGCCAUCGGAAAGGAAUUGGCUCGUCAACUCGGUCUUGGAACGAACAUUUAUGAUUCCGAGCGUCUCAUUGGCGGAAACAUGACUGGUUCUGACAUUCGUGAUUUCAUCGAGGCUGCCGAUGGUUUCGCUGAGGUCUACCCCGAGCACAAGUACCAGGUCGUGGAAUUCUUGCAGCAGCGUGGCCACUUGGUAGCUAUGACUGGUGAUGGCGUUAACGAUGCUCCCAGUUUGAAGAAGGCAGAUUGCGGUAUUGCGGUGGAGGGCGCUAGUGAUGCUGCUCGUAGCGCUGCUGCGGUGGUAUUCCUUGAUGAAGGUCUUAGCUCCAUUAUUACAUCCAUCAAGGUCGCUCGUCAGAUAUUCCAUCGCAUGAAAGCAUAUAUCGUCUAUCGUAUUGCUCUUUGUAUCCACUUGGAAGUGUACCUGAUGCUCGCGAUGAUCAUUCUUAAUGAGACUAUCCGGGUCGACCUUAUCGUCUUUUUGGCCAUUUUCGCUGAUGUUGCUACUAUUGCCAUUGCUUAUGAUAACGCCCCUUUUGCCAAGAUUCCUGUGGAGUGGCAGUUGCCUAAGGUCUGGAUAGUGAGCACUAUCAUGGGUCUAUUACUUGCUGCUGGUACUUGGCUCGCGCGCGCCACUACGCUCCUGCGUAGGGGAGGCAUCAUCCAGAAUUUCGGAAACAUGCAAGAAGUAUUGUUCCUGGAGGUUGCACUUACUGAAUCCUGGGUGAUCUUCAUCACACGCCUGAGCCAAGGUGGUGAUGCUGGGUUCGUGUGGCCAUCUUGGCAGCUGGUUGGUGCUGUUCUGGGUGUGGAUAUCCUUGCUACUGUAUUCGCGGCGUUCGGUUGGCUCGCUGGAGCUCAUCCUCAACGUUGGGUUGACGUGGUCACCCUCGUUCGAGUGUGGUUGUUCUCUUUUGGUGUUAUCAUUGUUGUCGCUUUUGCAUACAUCCUCCUCAACAAGAUAAGUUGGCUGGACCGCCUGGGACGUAAAAACCGCAGCAAGAGAAAUCACAAAUGGGAGAACUUCCUCACCGAGAUGCAGCGCCUGACGCUCGUUCAUGAGGUUGGCUCCGAUGGUGCAGGAGAAUACUUCCGUUUCGCGUCGGGUGCCCCCAGCAAGCCGGGCGAAGAGGAGUCUCAGAAAGCCAAGUAGGAGGAAGAGAGGGUGAACCUCGUUCCCCCUUGUUGGCCUUGGGCUCAUGACGCCUCCCUUUUGAUCGGAUAGUUUUAGACACCUAAACCUUAUUCGAUUAUCACCGUUUCAGGCAACUACUCUUUGCGCCUUUUUGCACAU